AAAAACCUAGGGAAACCAAAGCCCGCGCGGGAGAACGACUGAAAAGUGAAAAACACAACGAAAGGGGAUUUCAGAAGAUACCCAAUCCAUCACCCACAGAGAUUUACUAUCCACCCUUGCCCCGUCUCAAUUCUUAUUCUUGAUAAAAAGGUGCACCUUUCUACUCCAUAUUUGUUUGUUUGGUUCCAAAAUUUGAUUUUAUUUCUUGGAAUUUCAGUGCGGUGUGUUUAUGGGUCUCACACAUCACAACCAUCCUCCGGUUCUUUGAUCUUGCUCAAUUUUCACCCAGAAGUUCGUUUCAUUAAUUCUUCUGCUCGCUUCUUUUUUCUUAUUUACCAGAGGUGAGAUUUAUAAAAGAUUGGAACUUGAAUUUUAGGGCAUGGGCUUUAUAGCUAUCGUUUAGUAGUUCUUGAGCUAUAUAAUCAUGCAAACCCUUGAAGCCGUUGGUGGUUAUGGUGGUGUUGAUGAUGAACGGAGGUGCAAAAGGUCUAAUUCAACAAUACGGUGGAGAUGUAAAGAGAAAGCUCUUGAGGGCGGAGUUUUCUGUGAGAAACACUUGAUAUGGCACCGCGAGACAACUGCCAAGCGUAAGCGUAAGCGUAAGCGUCUGGAGAUUUUGCGUUCUUCAGAUGCGUCCCUGAAGGGUAAGAAGAGGCGUUUAGGAACUCGAUCUGUUGAAAAUGUGAAUGGGGCAGUGAAGAAGCGGGGUCAGCCCAAAGGCUCAAGCAUGAGCAAGAAGGAAACUGAUGAAAGUGGUACACUGUUUCUGACACCUCAGUCUACUGGAGUUGUACUUAAGAAGAAGACGGGGAGACCAAAAGGUUCAAAGAAUAAGAAGAAACCUGCUGAAAAGAAACAAGGGUUUGAACAGUUGAUUCUUGAAAAUAGUAAGGCAGGUCUAGUUGAAAACGAAUUUGGCGGAGAGAGAACUCUCAAGAAGAGGGGCCGACCUAAGGGUUCAAAAGGCAAGAAGAAAUUUACUGUAGCUGGACCAUUGAUGUGUAAAAUUAACAAGUUAGGUGUACGUGCAAAUGAAUUAGUUGUUCCCAAGAAGAGGGGCAGACCAAAGGGCAAGAAGAAUCAAGUUGGUGGUUUGAUUACUCAAAAACAACAAGAAUUUGGACCAUUGGUGCUUCAUGAUUGUCCGGUAGGGGUGAUGGAUGAAUUAUUGAGAACCGACGGGACACGAAAGAAGAGGGGAAGACCAAAGGGUUCAUCAAAGGGUAAGAAGAAACAUAUUGAAGGUAGUGCUUUGGUUUUUUCAAAGCAAGAUGACUUUGAACCGUUGAUAAUUGAAGAUAGUGGGACAGGGACAGUUGUGAAUCAUCAACUUUCUGCUUGUAAUAAACGGAAGAGAAGGAGACCAAAGCUUUCAGAAGAAAAUAAGAAUGAAGCAAUGACUGGGGCAGUCAGGAAGAGGGGCAGACCUAAGGGCUCAAAAGGAAAGAAGAAAGCUCUUGUUGUUUUAGGUGACACACCUACGGAACUUGAAGAUAAUGAGGUAGGGAUAAUUGUGAAUCCGAGGAAGAAGGGAAGGCCUAAGGGUUCAUUGGGUAAGAAGAAGAAGGAGACUGUUUUAAGUGGUAAUGAAUCUGGGGUUUUGAUAUCGUUGAACGGUCAGUAUGGUGACGGAACUGUUGAGAAGGACAGGUGUGUAAGAAAAAGUCUUGUAUUGGGAAUUGGGGCAGUCCUUAAGGAAGCUGCUAAUGGUAAUAUUCGUGGAAGAAACAGCAUGGCUUCAAAAAGAAGACCAUUGCAGGAUGCUACAAAUUGGAAGGAAAAUGGGACAUUAAUGUGCCAUCAAUGCCACAAAACCAAUAAAAGCGACAUUGUCUUCUGCUUGAAUUGCAAAAAGAAACGCUACUGCAGUGAAUGCAUUGCGAAGUGGUAUCCAGAGAGAACAAAGAAAGAUAUUGAGAAUGCCUGUCCUUUUUGUUGUAGCAAUUGCAAUUGUUCAGCUUGCCUUCAAGCAGAUAUAACUGCAAAGGUCAACAUAAAGGAAUCCGAUGAAGAAACACAUUUGCAAAGGUCACUGUAUGUGCUGUUAAAUAUCCUUCCACUUCUCAGGGAGAUUCAGGAGGAGGCAAAGACCGAGCUAGAUGCUGAAGCCUGUAUACGAGGUGUUCAGUUGACAGAAGAAGAUAUAACCAAGUCCCUACUUGAUAAGGAUGACAGAAUAUACUGUGACAAUUGCAAAACAUCCAUUGUCAAUUUCCACAGAAAUUGCCCAAAUCCCGAUUGCGCUUAUGAUAUCUGUCUCAAUUGUUGUCGGGAACUAAGAUGCCGUUCUAUCCCGGGUGAAAGAACAAGUGAUCAAAAUGCUCUUUCUGAUAAAACUGACUCUUCUGGUGUUUGGGAAAGGGAAAAUUCAAAGGAAAUAUUUUCUCAAUGGAAAUCAAAAGUCGAUGGAAGCAUACCUUGUCCUCCAAAGGAACUUGGUGGUUGUGCGUCUGCAAUGUUAUCACUACGGCGCAUAUAUGAACCUAACUGGGUGAAUGAACUAAUCAAAGCUGCAGAGGAACUCACUGCCAAUUCUCAUUUACCCAAAAUUGAUUUCUCAGAAGCUUGCAAUUUGUGCCUUACUGCAAUUGGAAACAGCAAUCAACAUCAAAAUGUAAGGCAGGCUGCUUUCAGGAAUGAUAAUCAGGACAAUUUGUUGUACUGUCCGAAUGCUAUUGACUUGCUGGAUGAAGAGUUUAUUCAUUUCCAAUGGCAUUGGAGAAGGGGUGAACCUGUCAUUGUGAGAAAUACACACGCCAUGGGUACCGGCCUCAGCUGGGAGCCUAUGGUGAUGUGGCGAGCUUUCAGAAAUGCAAGGAAAAAGUUGGACGAGGAGAGUUUCUCUGUGAAGGCAAUUGACUGCUUAGAUUGGUGUGAGGUCGAGAUAAAUAUUCGGCAGUUCUUCAAGGGAUACUUGGAAGGAAGGAGUCACAGGAGUGGGUGGCCAGAGAUGUUGAAAUUGAAGGACUGGCCACCAACCAAGUUUUUUGAAGAAUGCUUGCCAAGGCAUGGCGCUGAGUUUGUUGCGAUGCUUCCCUUCAGUGAUUAUACCAAUCCUAGUUCUGGGCUUUUAAAUCUAGCCACUAAGCUUCCUGUUGGGUCAGCUAAGCCAGAUUUGGGCCCUAAAACUUACAUUGCUUAUGGGUCAGAAGAAGAGCUGGGAAUAGGUGAUUCAGUGACUAAGCUUCAUUGUGACAUUUCUGAUGCGGUCAAUAUACUGACACAUACAAGUAAAGUGAAAUAUACUACAAAGCAAAGAGCCCAGUUGGAAAAAUUAAAGAAGGAACAUGAAGAAGAAAAAGACUUGAAAGUGCUUUUCGGUAGUGGAAAUGAUGCAUCAGAAUGCAUGGAUUUUCCUGGGGGUACAACUUCCUCGAUUCCAAAUUCCAGCCCUGAGAGCUCAGCACGUUUAGAAGCAGACUUCAUGCUGACCGAACAACCUCUGGAUGUUGCACACAGCGGCGCUGUGUGGGAUAUAUUUCGCCGGGAGGAUGUGACUAAGUUAACACAAUACUUACAGAAGCACUGGAAAGAGUUUCGUCACACAAAAAAUGAUCCUGUCAAUUCUGUCACUCAUCCUAUUCAUGACCAGACAUUUUAUCUCAAUGAGAAGCACAAGAAACAGCUGAAAGAUGAAUUCAAUGUUGAGCCUUGGACAUUUGAGCAAUACCUUGGGGAGGCUGUUUUUAUUCCUGCAGGAUGCCCACAUCAAGUUCGAAAUAGACAGUCAUGCAUCAAAGUUGCAGUUGACUUUGUAUCCCCUGAAAAUGUUCAAGAGUGCAUUCAUUUGACAGAGGAGUUUCGCUUGCUUCCCAAAUUGCACAGAUCGAAGCAAGAUAUAUUGGAGGUGAAAAAAUUGACGCUUUAUGGCGCUAGUGUGGCUAUUGAAGAGGCGAGGAAUCUCAUGAAAAAACUUUCUGGUGGUUCAAGAGAAGAGAGUCAUGAAGCCUAUCUAUAAUCCUAUGAUGUCAUCAGCCGCUAGGGUUUUUUGGAGUCUCCCUUGAGGAUUUGUGUUGAGAAUGUAUAUUUGUUUUCACAUUUACAUUCAGUCAAAUGAUUUGAGUUGCAGAAUACUAGAAUGCAUUCGGUUUUGUCAAUACUAGAUACUCACCCGCGCGAUGCCCGGAUGAAAUUUGACCAUAGUGUGAUUAAGAAUUGUAUUAAAGAAACGCGUAAAUAAUUGAACUCAUAAUGAAGUGGCUAGUAAUAAUAUAAUAACUGUUUGUAGUUAAA